AUGAAGAAGUGUUGUCAUCCGCACGUUGUGCGCUUGCUUGAGGUGAUCGACGACAACCUGAAUGAGCGCAUAUUUAUGGUGAUGGAAUACCUCGGCGGAGGCGAACUGAAGUGGCGUACCUCAACCCACGAGCCCGUCUUACGUGUCGACCAAACAAGGCGCAUAUGCCGUGAUGUCAUCCUUGGUCUUGAGUAUUUACACCACCAAGGUAUUAUUCACCGGGACAUUAAGCCCGCCAACCUCCUAUGGACCUCUGACCGGCGGACUGUUAAGAUCACCGACUUUGGUGUCUCACAUUUCUCUUAUGCGCAACGGCUUGCUGCUGCAGGCGCCGGCAUAGUUCCGUCAGGCGAUACGGACCCUAUCCUUAUGGACGACUCUGACCUAUCCAAGACUGCUGGCACGCCCAUGUUUCUUGCACCCGAGAUUGUCAGUGACACAGCAGAUAUUGCUGCAGCGUCGUCGUCGUCAAGUACAUUGCACCUCGCCCAACGGCGCAAGCCUCCAAUCACGAAAGCAAUCGACGUCUGGGCAUUUGGAGUGACGCUGUAUGGACUGCUCUUCGGCAAUUUGCCAUUCCACGCGGAUACUACUUGGGAGAUCUACCAGGUUAUA